AUGGCGACGGAGGCGAUCCCGCCGCCGCAGAAGCCACUACCCAAAUCGCCCACGAACCGCCAUCCCGAUUUGGACGCUGGAUCGUAUGGCCUCGAUGUGAAGCGGCUUGGCCCCGCGCGGUGGCCGUCGCCGCGGCCGAAAACACCGCUGGAUAUUAUUCAGAACCGCGAGAAUAUCAAGGCGCGGAUGCCGAAGCGGAAGCUGAAAAUCGAGGACUUUGAGCUGCUAAAGACUCUGGGCACUGGGACGUUCGCACGCGUAUGGUUGGUUCGACUGAAGAAUCCAAAGGACUCGGUGAACGCGAUAUAUGCCUUGAAGGUGCUCCGCAAGGCUGACGCUAACGCGGCCGUUGCCCGUCAUGCAGUGAUCGAGCUCAAGCAGGUUGAGCAUGUGCGGAACGAGAACAAUGCUCUCCACGCUGUCGCCGGACACCCAUUUAUAACGACUUUAGUUGCCUCUUUUUCCGAUGAAGAGUGUUUGUAUAUGCUGCUCGAUUAUUGUCCUGGCGGCGAGAUCUUCAGCUUUCUCCGGCGAAUACGGCGAUUCAACGAGGCCACGGCCAGGUUCUACGCGGCCGAAAUCGUGCUGAUCAUCGGCUACCUGCACGACGUGCAGGGCGUCGCAUACCGCGACCUGAAGCCGGAAAACAUCCUCCUCGACGCCGAGGGCCACCUGAAGCUCGUCGACUUCGGCUUCGCCAAGCAGCUGUACGGGCACGAGACGUACACGCUGUGCGGCACGCCCGAGUACCUGGCGCCGGAAGUCAUCCACAACAGCGGGCACGGGCUGGCAGUGGACUGGUGGGCGCUGGGGAUCCUGAUCUACGAGUUCCUGGCGGGCCAGCCGCCGUUCUGGGACCCCAACCCGAUGCGCAUCUACGAGCAGAUCGUCGACGGCGCGCUGCGCUUCCCGCACCACAUGUCGGCGGCGGCGCGCGACAUCAUCGGCGCGCUGUGCAAGACCAGCCCGUCCGAGCGCCUGGGCCACAUCUCCGGCGGCACGCAGCGCGUCAAGGACCAUCCGUUCUUCCGCGGCAUCGACUGGGACGACCUGUACUACCGCCGCGUCAAGGGGCCCAUUGUCCCCCGCGUCGACCACCCCGCCGACGCAGGCAACUUCGAGGAGUACCCGCCGCCGCCGGACCCGAGCACGCAGAGCGUGUACACGGGCGAGAUGCGCAGGAAGUAUGAGCGCUUGUUCAAUGAUUUCGAUGACUACUGA